UCUGGCCUCUGGACAAUGUGGAAGCAGCUUUUCUCUUAUUGGAUUGUCUCCCCUUAACUGGGAAGGGAAAGGGCUUAUUCAAAUUAACAAAUAGUAUAUACAACAUCAGGAACUCUUUUGUGUUGUGGAGUUAUUUAGAGGGAACAGCUUUUUAAGAGAAACCAAGCGAUUGCUGCCAUGCCGGGAAAGCCGGUCCUUCACUACUUUAAUGGCCGGGGCAGAAUGGAGCCUGUUCGGUGGCUCCUGGCUGCAGCGGGAGUAGAGUUUGAAGAGAAAUUUCUGAAAACUCGGGAUGACUUGGCAAGGUUAAGAAAUGAUGGGAGUUUGAUGUUCCAGCAAGUGCCCAUGGCGGAGGUGGACGGAAUGAAGCUGGUGCAGACCAAAGCCAUUCUCAACUACAUUGCCUCCAAAUACAACCUCUAUGGGAAGGACAUAAAGGAGAGAGCCCUCAUUGACAUGUAUUCGGAAGGUGUGGCAGAUCUGGAGUUAAUGGUUCUCUAUUUCCCCCAUAUGCCCCCUGGGGAGAAAGAUGCUGCCCUUGCCACAAUCAAAGACAAAGCAAGGAACCGUUACUUCCCUGCCUAUGAGAAGGUGUUAAAGAGCCAUGAACAAGAUUAUCUCGUUGGCAACAGGCUGAGCAGGGCUGAUGUUUCCCUGGUUGAACUUCUCUACCACGUGGAAGAGCUGGACCCCAGUGCUUUGGCCAACUUCCCUCUGUUGGAGGCACUGAGAACCAGAGUCAGCAACCUCCCCACAGUGAAGAAGUUUCUUCAGCCUGGCAGUCAGAGGAAGCCAUUUGAUGAUGCAAAAUGUGUAGAAUCAACCAAGACGAUUUUCAGUUAGAUCAGGCACAUAUUGAUGAACAGCAGCCACAAGAGCAACCUUCUAAAGCUUUGCAACAAUGAAGUGUUUUGAUUAAAUGUUGAUCCUGGCUGGGCAGUGGUGGUACACACCUUUAAUCCCAGCACUUGGGAGGUAGAGGCAGCAGAUCUCUGUGACUUCAAGGCCAGCCUGGUCUACAAAGCGAGUUUCAGGACAGCCAAAGCUACACAGAGAAACCCUGUCUCAAAAAACAAACAAACGAAGUUGAUCAUGCUGAUUGUGAAGCUAACGCCUUUUCUAGAGUUUGUGCAUUAAUUCAAGUAGUCGUGACCUAUGCAGAAUUGCUAGGAUGCUACUUGGCUGCAGUCAAAAUUGAAAUCAUGAUCACUUCCUAGGAUGUUUCCUUGAAUUUCAAUAAAUCGGGGCAAGCUUGCUCUCUGGCUGUUGACCAAAUUGUUAUGAGUCUCUGUGUUACUGAGCACUGCAAGAAUUUUCUCUGGUGAGGACUGAAAAAUGGGUAUAGCAAUAAGUUGCUAGGACUCCUUUUAGCAGAAUUACAGCAGUAGACACUCCCUAGGGCUUAGGGCCUAUCUAGC